AUGUCAACAACAUUCGACCAAGUCUUCCAUGCAGUUUCGGAAGGAAACAUUGAAUUUUUGAGACACAUUGAUUUACGUCCAUUUAUUAAUCAUGAACAAGAUGAUCCCGACGAUGAAGGUAUUGUUACAUUAUUAUGUACAGCGUGCGGCAGAGGACAUUUGAAAAUUGUAGAAUUAUUAUUGAAUGUUGAUGGAGUUGAUGUAAACAAAUGUGGACCGUUGUUUUUUGCUUGCCAAAACGGAUACGUAGAAAUUGUAAAAUUAUUGUUGAGUGUUGAUGGAAUUGAUGUUAAUCAAAUUAGAGUGUUACGUGAAGCAUGUGAAAAAGGCUAUUUUGAAAUUGUAAAAUUAUUAUUGGACUUUGAUGGAAUUAAUGUUGACGCUUAUAAAGCAUUGCAUGGAGCAUGUUAUGGAGGGAAUUUUAAUAUUGUAAAAUUAUUACUUGCCAAGAAUGCUCGAAUAGGAAAAGAAGAAAGAAAAGAAUAUGAUAAAAAAAUCAAACCGAAAAAAGAUUUGUUCAAGUCACUAGCUGAAAUCAAAGACAAAAUAGAAGAUAUUGAAUAUGCUAAAGACACACUUAUAUUCGAAAUUAAAACUCAAAAAAGAAACAAGAUUGGUAAAGUUGAGGAAAUUGAAAGAUUGGAGAAGAAACUUUCUGACAUGAUUCAGGAAUUAUCAAACAUGCACGAAAGAAAAUCAGAAAUCCAAAACGACUUGAUGGAGCUGAUUCCUAAAUUUCCUGAAAUUAUUAUUGAAAUGGAACAACCAUUAGCAAUAGAUGGUGUUGUCAUUUCAUCAUCAAUGACACCAAAAGAAAAAUUCAGAGUAUUUGCACUUCAAAACUCUAUUUUACUUUUAAAUACUCAAUUUUCAAAUUAUACUAACAUUCAAACACUUCACACUGGAUUAUCAGUUGUUUACAAAGCAAGCAAAUCUAAUAGUCAGGUGGUUAUUCUCAAAGAAAUUUCUCUUUCAGAAAAUAAUUGUGAAACAGUAAUGAAUGAAAUUAUGAAUUUGGUUAUACUCAAAGGUCAUCCUAGAAUUAUCAAAUUGAAUGGUGUAUUUAUUGAAUCACAAUUUAAUAAGGUUUAUAUUGAAACACCAUAUUAUUCAAAUGGAAAUUUACUGGAGUAUAUCAACAAGAUUAGAAAUCAUCAUGAUUUACCAACUUUGAAGAACAUGUUGAGAAGUUUAUUUAGAAAAAUGACAGAAACACUUCAAUUUAUCCAUUCCAAAGAUAUUCUGCACAGAGAUUUAAAACCUCAAAAUAUUUUGGUGAAUGAAAAUGGAGAACCAAUUAUUGCAGAUUUUGGAUCAAGUAAGAAACUAAUUGCUCAAUUGACAAAUAAUACAAUGGGAGUUGGAACAUUGAAAUAUAUGGCACCAGAAGUGAAAAGACAAGAAGAAUCACCAAGUGAAAAAUCAGACAUUUGGUCAUUGGGUGUUUCAUUGUAUGAAUGUUGGCAAUUGAUUCAACAAAUAAGUAUGAUGAAUAAUGCAACAGUUGAAAUAUUGAACUUUGACUCGAAGGGUAAGGUAGUUUUACCUACCAGUACUUUGAAUGAUGAAAUUGAUAUAACAUUGAUGAAAAUGUUGAGUCACAUGUUCAAUAGCAAUCCAGAAGACAGACCAAGUUCAUUAACACUACUGACAGAUUCAGAUUAUUUCACAAAUGAAAAUCCUACAACAGAUAUACUUUCUAAAUCUAAUCAAAAAGAAUUGGAAGGUUCUGAAAAGAUAUCACUUUGGCAAGCAAGAUUAAAGAAGAUGAAACAAUUUUUGCCUGAAAGCACAGAAGGAGAAAUCAAGGUUGACAUCUAUAGACACCGUCUAUUGGAAGAUAUUGCCUCUAUAUAUAAGGAUUUGAUACCAAUAGGGUAUUCAGUGAUAUUUUACAAAACAUUUGUGAAAUAUAAGGGAGAGACUGGAAUAGACGCAGGAGGAUUAUCCAAUGAGAUGUAUUCUAAAUAUAUUGAAGCCAUACUGGAAAGCAAACAUUUUCAAAAUAGCGAAAGCUCACCAAAUGAAAAUUUCAUUUUAACUGAUGAACCACUCACAGAUGAAUCUAAAAAUCAAUUGAGAACACUUGGGUUGUUAUUGAAAAAGUUAUUAAUUGACUGUGACGACAAGACAGUUUAUCUUCCAUUGAAUAGCUUUAUAUUUUAUUAUUUAUUGAAUGGAAAUGCUCUCAACAAAGAAACACUCCAAUUUAAUGCUAUAUCCCUUUUACUAUCAAAAUUCUUGAGAGAAUAUGAUUUUGAAUUGGAUAAUCAAAUAUUUAGUGUGAAAAAAUGUAAAAAUGAUGAAGAAUUACAAUCAAUUACAAUGGAAGAAACAUUUAUUGAUGUUUUAUCAAAGAGUGAGAAACCAUUAAUAAUGGAAAAUGUUCAAUUAUUCAUCAUUUCACAAUUAUAUUCAUAUUUUUAUUCUGAUUUAAAGAUUGAAAAAUUGAAAUUAAUCAAACAAGGAUUUGACUGGUUUAAUUUGACUAAAUUCAAACAAAGCUCAAAAUUACCACCCAAGUUGAAAGAAUUCCUAGACCUCCAAGGAUCAAAUUUUGAUGAGAAGUGUUUGAGUGUGAAUGAAUUGAAAAUUCUCCUCUCAGGUCAAUCAUAUAUUGAUGCUGAUUUAUUAUUGAAUGAAAUAGACAUGACCAGAAUUUCACCAAUAAUGCAAGAUCACUUCACUAAAUGUAUUAGAAAAUUAACAAAAAGUCAAUUGAGACAAUUACUUGUUUGGAUGACUUCACUUUCAAGCAUUCCAAUCAGAGGUUUUUCAAGAAAGAUCUCAAUUCGUGAAUAUAACAGAUUUGAAUCUCAUACCUGUUCAUUUGUAUUUGAUAUUCCAUCUCAAAUAACCAAUUAUGAACAAUUUGAAACUCAAUUCAUGAAUUGUUUGAGAUUGUCAUCUGUUGCAACUAUGGAAGAUCAAUAG